AUGGAGCCUAGAUAUAUCGCGAAUUUUGAGUCCAUUAUUCGUUCUGGAAAAUACCCUUAGUUUGCUUGCUUCUAGUUAUCAACAUCUAUGUUGAUUAAGUGCACCAUCUGUGAUGCUUAGAUAAACUUUGUUGAUGCACAUCACCUCACUCAGCAUUUAAAAUCAAACAAGCAUAAAAUGUAAGAUGAAAUUGCAGAUAAGCUUCUCUGGUACAAAGAAAUUGAAGCAAUGUACAAGAAUACAAGUACUGGAUCUGAGUAUAUGAGGUACAACAAAUAAUUUUAGAAGUGGUUCGUGAAAAACUAUGGCAAAACCAAGAUUCUUGAGAGACAUGCUAGGGAAUAUGUAAGCAUUUUUAUAGAAGAAGGUAAGAGCACUUAGACUCUCAUAGCUGCUCUUAAGUUUAGAUUCAACUAUUGCGAGAGACUAGGUUUCAACUUUAAAGGUCUACUUAAGCAAUCUGAGUCUCUAAACACUCAUAAAUUUCUGUCAGCCGAGGAUCGAUAGUCGAUCGACUAAAGUCUUAGCAACAACCUCUCCAUGUAAGUUGCUUGUAGAUUGUUGUAUGACCUUGCUGCAAGAUGUCAAGACCUACUCUAGUUUAAGUUCAACAUGUUUAUUCCAAAUGGUGAUGGAGCAACAAUUGAAUUCAUUCCAAAGAAAACCAAGAAGAGUAAGGUUACAAGAUCAGGUGUAAUCUCUAAAGAGACAUUUGAUCUAUUGAAGAAAUUGCAGUUACUUACCUAUGCCUCUAGUGAUGAAUUCAUCUACAAGUAGACAGAGAAACAACUAAAGGAUAGAUUCUAUAAGUUGUUCAAGAGGAAGCUUAAGAUAGAAGUAUAAUCUCAUGACUUUAGACACAGUAGGAUUACUGAUCUCUUCAAAUAAAAUAUGAGUGUAAAUGCUAUCUAAAAGUACGUUGGUCACCUCUAAUCUACAACAACUCUUAGAUAUAUCAACAUUGGUAAAGAUGAAGCAGUGGAGCAAGUAAAAAACUUAUCAUCAAUACCAUUACCGAGGUAAAGAGAGAGUUUAGAGGAGGAGAAGUAAGCAAAAUUUAAUGUUGAAGAGCAGAAAUCAGAGGACGAGUUACCUCAAUCAAUAACUUUAAAAGUCAUCAGGUAGAAGAAAAGAAAAGCAAAGAAGGCUGGUUAGAUGACUUUACACGAUCUGAUGGCGUUCACACAGAUUGCAGAAGUGUUUGAGAGAAGACAUGAGGCAGGUAAAAGAUAAAUGAAGUGA